AUGGCACUUAGCACCGGCAGGGUUCCACAACCUGGUCCCUCACCCCCCUCGGCGACCGCCGAUGAUUGUCAGAGGGGGAGGCUGUGGGGUGUGCGGCAGCUCCUAAGCGUGCUUUUUCACAAUGUGGUGAUAGUAAGGAGCCAAUUGUUGGCAGUGGUUGGGAAUGGCGUGGAGGGGAAGCGUCUGCAGCCACCCCACCCCAACCCCCCUGAGGGAAGGGCGCUGGUGCUCUUUUUUCCUGUUCUCGAUCUGAUUCGGAAGACGGGCGAGAUUAUGGCAGAAGUGAGAGCGCGAAAAGAGGGACUCAGGCCUCGGCAGCCGGACAUCACAGAGGAGGACAAGGCUGUCCUGUCGUUGAAGUCGCAAAGGAGGAAACUUGGGGCGGAGCGCAAGAGGAUCGAAGCACUGAUUGACAAGAAUGUGGAAGUCGCGAGGGGCCUAAUUGCCCAGAAAAAGAAAGACUUGGCGCUACUGGUCAUGAAGAAAAAGAAGAUGCAGGAGGAGCAAGUCAAAAAGCUGGAUGCCUGGCUCCUCAAUGUGGAGAGCAUGCUUGCAAACAUUGGCCUUGCAAGGCAACAAAACCAGCUAUUUGCUGCUUUGAAGCAAGGCAAUGAAGCCAUGCAGCUAAUUCGGCAGGAGGUGACGGUGGAGGAUGUGGAGAAGCUGAUGGAAGACACGGCCGAGGCGAAGGAAUAUCAGGAACGGUUGCAAGAGGCCCUUGGGCAGGGGAUGGAUGCCGAGCUGGAAGAUGAGGCACUGGAGGAGUACAAGGUGUUGGAGCUGGAGGUCCUCCCAGCCGCCCCCAAGGCCCCUGCUGAGCCGCUCCCUUCAGUGCCAAAAACGGUUCCUGCGGUGCAAGUGCAGGAGCCUGCAAAGGAGGCGGCUCAGACCGAGGAAGCAACCAUGGUCCCUGCUUAG